AUGGAAAGCGUUGACGCCAUUGACGCUGUGGCAGAGGGCAGAGAGUCCCCCCAAGUCUCUUCCGUUUCUCAUGCUGAUAGUGACACUGGGGAGCAGGAAUCGUGCACGCGCAUGGCCCUACUAAAUGUCGUAGACCAGAGUCGGCGGCACCGAACUGCAUUCACGCGAGAGCAGCUCACACGCCUCGAACAGGAGUAUUGCAAAGAGAGUUACGUCUCACGGGCCCGACGGUGCGAACUGGGGGCGGCUCUCAACCUGCCGGAGACUACCAUAAAGGUCUGGUUUCAAAACAGACGGAUGAAGGAUAAACGACAGCGCCAUAGUCUGAGCUGGCCUCAUCCACUGGACCGAAAUCUGUGUGCCUAUAUGGUCAGUCAAGCUGUUACAGGGCUGGGAUAUCCACUGCUGCCCCACAUUCCCCUUCAGCUGUACUCUCAUGUGGGUGUAGCAGGUAUGCCAACACUUUCCAGCCUGUCUAAUCCCUACAGUGCUGGCUGUGUAAGACCACUGAACACUGUACUACUUCCACACUCACCCUACACCAGGAUUGGUGGGCUUCAUUCUCCAGCCCUCUACCCUUCAUUGCCUGCAAUGCAACAUCCUAAAACCUGUCCUUGUUCCUAUUGUCUCCAUUGGCCUCCACCAGACCAGGUACACAAAGAUAGAGGUGGAGCUGGCCUUGGGCUGAGUCUAUCUAGCAGCUCAGAACCAUCAGUUGCACUAUUAGAUUCCAGAGAAGAUAUACAUUUGCCUCACUAAAUACAAUGCAUUGUUUAAUAUUAAGCCUUAUGCAUAACUUAUAUUUAUGUGUGUGAAAAAGUAGUUGCUUCUUCCCUAUUUUUUUGGGCAUGCUUUUUGACACGGUUCAAUAAUUCAUGUCUUUAAAUAAAUUUGAAUAUUACACAAGGAUAACGUGAGUAAAUACAAACAUUACUUCGAAAGCACAAUGACAACUCAUCCAGAAACUCAUAAAAGAACUUGCCUCAGUUAAGGUCAGUGCUCAUGAAUGAACAGUAAAAAAGAGACUUGGCAAAAAUUGCAUCCAUGGUAGAGUUCCAUGGCAAAAGCCACUGAACAAAAAAAAACACAA